CUGUGCCUACUCUUAGUCACUACUGUCACUACUGUCACUACCGUAUACUCCACCUACUCUGUCACUACCAUAUACUCUACCUACCCUGUCACUACUCUGUACUACUCCCAAGCUGGACUAUACGCACUAUACCCUCUGCAAACUACUUGCUAGACCGUGAUCCUGUGAUACCACGAAGAAUCCGGCUGAUCAACCCUCAUUUUCCAGUACCCCGAAAACGGUUCAUCUCCUCCAUAAAAAAACACAAAAAAACAAAAAAAAAACUGCUAGUGCGUAAGAUCUUCAAAAUUUUCGAGUUACUCAUUCACUCUUCAGUUUUAACAGCAGAAAACUUUUCAAAGAAGGCCAGGGACAGAACGAAGCCAACGAUGUCUCAACUCUUGAAGCGGGUGAGAAAUGCAUGCAAGAAUGAGUCGGUGGCCAGUAUCAAGAAUGAGUCGGUGGGCAGUAUCAAGAAUGAGGAGGAGACCAAUGAGUAUGUUGGUACACCAAGCGAGGUUUAUAAUUGGAAAAUUAUCGUGAUGGCUUUUGUUAGUGCUUCAGCUGCGGUUAUUAUUGGAUACGAUGCGGGUUUUAUUGGGGGGACCAUUUCAUUAGCAUCAUUUCAAGACGAAUUUGGAUUUGGUCAAAUGAGUGCCAAUGAAAGAACCAGUAUUCUGUCGAAUGUAGUUUCAGUUUUCCAAGCAGGAGCCUUUUUCGGUGCUAUAUUAAUGUAUCCCAUAAGUUGUCAAGUUGGUAGAAAAAUUGGUCUUAUUAUUAGUGGGUUUUUCUUAACUUUUGGUGCAGCAAUUUCUCUUGCUGCUAAUAGUGAUCGUGGAUUAGGUCCAAUAUAUGCAUCGAGAGUUUUAACCGGGUUAGGGGUUGGUGGUGCUUCUGGUACUGCUCCUAUUUAUAUUAGUGAGAUUGCUGUACCUUCCAUAAGAGGGAAAUUGGUUGGAUGUUGGGAAUUAUCCUGGCAAAUUGGUGGUAUUAUUGGAUACUGGAUUAAUUAUGGGGUUUCUCAAAAUAUUCCAAAUUCUCGUAAGCAGUGGUUAAUUCCAUUUGCAAUUCAAUUAAUUCCAUCUGGGUUAUUUUGGUUUGGUACUUUCCUACUUCCGGAAUCUCCUCGUCUUUUAAUUGCUUUGGAAAAAUACGAUAAAUCUCGUAAAAAUUUAUCCUUUUUACGUAAUUUAUCCCAGGAUCAUCCUUAUUUAAUCCAUGAAUACGAAACUUUUGUCACUGACAUUGAUGAAAGAUAUAGAAGAAUCGGUCGAGGUUUUUGGGCUCCUUUUAAAAGUAUUUUAACUUCUAAAAAACUUUUAUAUAGAUUGUUUCUUUCAACUUCUUUAUUUAUUAUGCAAAAUGGUUAUGGGAUUAAUGCAAUGACCUAUUAUUCUCCCACAAUCUUUAAAUCAAUGGGGACUAAUGGUAGAGACGCUGGUUUAUUAUCAACGGGGAUUUUUGGAGUUUUAAAAGCUCUUGCGUCUGUAUUUUGGAUUUUUUUCGUUGUUGAAAAUCUUGGUCGUCGUCGGGCUUUAAUCGUUUUUUCAAUUCCUUGUGCUAUUUGUUUCUAUUAUAUUGGUGCUUAUAUUCAUAUCGCAGAUCCGGCUGCUCGCUUAGCUAGAGGUGAUACUUCAAUGGAUUCCGGUGGACGUGCAGCUUUAGCAGCCCUUUAUUUAUGGACCAUUUUCUAUGGUGUUUCUUGGAAUGGUACUCCUUGGGCUAUUAAUUCAGAAAUUUUCCCUCAGGAUAUAAGAACCUUAACCCAAGCAAUCAAUUCUUGCUCAAAUUGGUUUUGGGCUUUUGUAAUGGGUAGAUGGACCGGUGAAGCAAUUGCUGCAAUUGGGGCUGGAUUAUAUUUUAUUUUUGCUGCUUGUGCUACAGUUUUCCCAAUUGUGGUUUAUCUUUUAUACCCAGAAACUAAGAAUGUUCCAUUAGAAGCAAUGGAUUAUUUAUUUGAAGUUCCCGCUUGGAAAGCCCAUAAAUACGCUCUUGUUAAAUUCGAUCAAGAAUUCGAAAAUGGCUUAUCUCAUCAAAGUGAAGAUGAAUUAGUAAAUGAGGUCGAUGUCUCAGAUUUGGAAAAACCUGAUGCUAACAUCGAAAAAAGAGAAGUUAAAGAACUCGAAAAAGAUGCUUCCAAAUACACCGGGAUCUCCCUGAUGAUAAUAAAAGACUUGGUCCAACAAUUGGUUGAUGAUAAUAAGGUUUCGGUUGAAAAAUGUGGGAUAACCAACUUGUAUUGGAGCUUUAAAUAUGAUGAGUAUAAUGCAUUGAAUCAGAGAUUAAUAAAAGAAGAGGAAAAAUUCAAUGAUAGGCAAAGAAAGAUCGAGCAAUUGAAAGUUAACAUACAAACAGAAAAUUCAGUUAGAAUCCCAUCAGAAACAAGAUCAGGAUUUUUGUCAAAAUAUCAAAACUUAUCAAAACUCAAACUCAAAUUACAAGAAAGCUUGCAAAAAUUUGACAAAACAUCAAACAUGCGUCAACUAGAUUCUAAAAAUACUAAUUUACUAGAGGCAAUCGAAUUCUUUACUGAUAGUUUAGAAUGCAUGGUCUACUACUUUACGAAAGUUAAUGCCGUGGGUAUUUCAGAGAAAGAGCUUAGAGCUAAGUUUGACUUACCAGAAGAAUUUGAAAACAUUCCAAUUUGGCAUAUUGAUAAGCACUAG